CUACUGGGGAGGGCACAGGGAAAAAAUGUUGAGGUCAAUUGAGGGGGAGCAGCAAUUCCUCUGCCCCCAAUCCCCAUGGGGAGGAAGAUUACAGGAUUUCAUAAUUCUGGUGGGAGAUGUCAAAUAAUGGGGGAGGAGAUUCUUCUAUCAUUCUGGGGGUUAAAUAAUGGGGAGGGGUCUAAUAAUUGGAGUGCACAGCACAGGUGGUUCAGGUUGCUUGGGAACAAAUAGCGAGGCGAGUUCCACAGAGGGAGGUGUUUGUAAAGAAGGGGGCACAGGCUUGGCCCCGGAAAUCUAGCUUCAGAAAAGUCCGCUGCGAUUGGAUGUUUGUCUAUAUAGCCGAUUUCCCAUCCCUUGGGUCCCCAGAUGUUGCUAGACUACAAUUCCCAUCUUUCCUGACCAUUGGCCAUGCUGGCUGGGUCUGAUGGGAGUGGUAGUUCACCAACAUCUGCAGGGCGAAAGGUUGGGAAAGGCUGAGAAAUGGACACACAGUGUAGGGGAGAGGUGAGGAAACUGUGGGGCCCUCCAGAUGUUGGACUCCAACUCCCAUCAGCCCCAGUCAGUGUGAUCAGGGAUGAGGGGAGUUGUAGCCUGCGGUGACUGUGUAAACACCGUAUGUUUCCAGGAGAGCUGAAGUUAAGGUGCUAUGCCCACUUUGCAGCCGCUACAUGGGGAAGGGCCGUAGCGCAGUGGUAGAGCACCUUCAUGGCAUGCAGAAGGUCCAAGGGUCAGUCCCCAGCAUCUCCAGGGGCCUGGGCUACGCUGUGUUUUCUCCCUCAUCCUGAAAGCGCCAUCCCAGCAUGGAGUUCCCUGACCACAGCACGAACUUGCUGCGGAGCUUGUGGGAACAGCAACAUGAGGGUUUCCUUUGCGACUGCACAGUGCUUGUGGGAAGCACCCAGUUUUUGGCCCACCGCGCCGUGCUGGCUUCCUGCAGCGCCUUUUUCCACAUGUUCUACAAAGAGCGGCUGGACAAACGAGACUUGGUCUCCAUCAACAACGAGAUCGUCACAGCGCCAGCCUUCGGGCUGCUGCUGGAAUUCAUGUACAAAGGAAGCCUCUCCUUCAACGAUAUGCCGGUGGAAGACAUCCUUGCGGCCGCCAGCUACUUGCACAUGAAUGACAUUGUCAAGGUGUGCAAGAAGAAGUUGCAGGCCCGUGCCCUGGCAGAAGCAGACAGCACCAAGAAGGAAGAGGGUCCCCUGGGCAGCUCAGAGCUUCUGCCCAGCACCUCCAAGUGCCAACUGCAGGUGCCUGAGGCCCAGACGCUACCACUCCCUCAGCCAUGUGAAGCAGAGAAGAACAAAAAAGAGGAGUGGAAAGGAGAGAAAACUGGUUCUGAUGAGCCAUUGGCCUCCACCUUGGAUGUUGCGGACACCACACAGCCGGGGAUGGAAGCUCCUCCACUGAGGCCUUUUCCACUGCCCGUCAUUGACAUCUCCCUCUCCAGCCCCAGCAGCUCCACCGAAACCAUAUCACACAGCUGCUCUCCGCCAGGAAAUGUCGCCGAGGGCCAUCCUGGCAUAGGCCCUGCUCCGGAGAGAUAUGCGAAACAGCGGACAGGCAGCCUCGGCGCCUUUUGCCAGAAAGAGCCAAACAGGUCCUCUGUCAAAGUCAAGGUGGAAGCCAUUGUGAUCUCUGACGAGGAGCCAGACGUGGGGGAGCAACUGGAGGAACAGAGCACAGAUUUGAGGUUGGAGACCAUAUUCCAGAGGUCCACCAUAGAGGCAGGGUCAGCUGGAGGCUGUGGACGCCACCCGGCCAGCUUCGAAGAGCCGGGUGGGAUGGAAGAGGUCUCUUCUGAGAGUGGUUUCCUGCCUCAAGAGCACGUACCCUUCCACAUGAUCCCCGUGCCGGGUGGACAAACCUUCUCCAACAUGGUGACUCCACCCCUGCACGAACAGAUGUACUUGCAGGAUUACGAGUCCCACUCCAACUUUGGCAUCUUUACGGAGGAUGUGCCCACCUGCAAGACAUGCGGAAAGACCUUCUCGUGCUCCUACACGCUGCGGCGCCACGCCACUGUCCACACGCGGGAGCGUCCCUACGAGUGCCGUUACUGCAUGCGGAGUUACACGCAGUCUGGAGACCUUUACCGGCACAUCCGAAAGGCCCACAAUGAGGACCUGGCAGCCAAACGUUGCAAACAGGAUGUGGAGAACCCCUCUUAGGGUGCCCAUACCCCUGUCCAGCUAGGACAAGGGAUUCGAGAUCAAUCAACCAGACAGUUCCCCAACACACAUGGACAACAAUUCUCUUUUUAAAAAAACUUGGUGCAGAGGUCACGUGACGGAGGUGCCAUAGUCCAAGCCAAUGACUGCUGUGCAUCCUGUUUCAGUUUUCCCUCCCAGUCCCUAAACAUUGUCCCAUCUUGCCCUUGAGGAGUUGGCAUUCGUUUUUCUACAAGGUUCAUGAUUGGGCAAUGCGGAUUCACAUCCAGGCUGUUCCUGUACAUAGUUUGGAAGAAGCCACAUAAAAUGUAAAAGGAACUGGGGAAGGGUCUCAUCCCCUCUUCCCAUAUUUAUUUAUGUUUAUACUGUCAUAGCUGCAAGGUAACAUGAGGUUGGAGCGGUGUUUAAGCUUCCCCGCCACACCCAAGAUCAGUACUGCUAGGUUGAGGAUGUUCGGUAGGAGGAAAGGUCUGCAAGCCUUUUGUUCCUGAUAGAGGAUGUAAAUCAGAAUUUCCUUGAGGAGAGGGGGGAGGAGAAACAAGGUUCUAGCCCUCAUGGCUGCACAGGAAAGAUGACAAAGGGGCAACCGUGUCUGUGAGGAAGUCGGUAUUAAAGGGCCUUGCUCUGACACAAUCCCAUUAUUCAGUGUGGGUGGGACUCACUGGGAGAAGUGGGCAGAGUAUUGUUUGACACCGUCCCUCACAAACUAUGACACGUCGGUGUUACAGCAGUCUAAAGCAGCGGAGUCUGGUCCACCAGGGCGAGUGGGGCAAUGCCCCACUAACCUCAACUCUGCCUUCAGCCAGCCUCCACCUGCCUGCUGCCUUACAGGCCAUCCAGAGGGUGGCUCCGCCUGUCAUUGGCUUUGCUUCUGCCUCCUGUUGGUCUCCCCACCUUCCACCCUACCAGGCCCAAUAAUCGGCACCAGCCACCACUGGUCUGAAGGGGGCACUGCACAGCUCAUCCCAGCUACUUCCGUGUUCCAAAAUGCGCCCAUGUUACAGACACGGGACAAGGGCCGAGAGAGAUGGGGGGGCUUGCCCAAGCUGUACGCUCCCCACUCCAGAUUUGUGUGCAGUGUAAGUGAGAUUUUAACCUUCCCACCCCAAAGUCACUUCCUACCCUCUCCCCAUUCUCAAGCCGGCCACUUCAGAGCAGACACUGCCAGCCUCCACCUUGCUCCAGGGGCUUGGCAACCCUCCCACCGUGAAGCAUGUCUCUCCAACCUCUUCAUUCUGAUAAGCAGCUACAAGCAGCCUCACUGCCAAGGAGACGCAUCUGACAGUAAAAAUCAAAGAUCAAGUGCUCCUGUGCUCUGUUUUCUUUGGGUGUGUGUGGUGUGUGUUUCUCUGUCUCCAGCACCCAAGACCACCACUUGCUGUUGCCUUGUGCUAAAUCCACCCACUGUGCGAGGGAUCGCAAUCUCUCUUGCCCUCUCUAACAAAAAGGUUUCCAGAGCAGCUGUUUGAUUGCAGGGCCUGUAACAACCUCCUAGGCGCACGAAAGACGUCAGGUCAUGUUGCCUUGUGACCUGGUUGGUAAAGGAGGAACGGAGCACUCUGGGUGUCUCCAACUCCUACUCAGAGUAGAUGCAGUGAAAGCAAUGGACUCAAGUCAGCCAUGUCCUUUGUGGUCAAUGGGUCUGCUCCGAGCAAGAGAUAGUGGCAUUCAGCCCUCUGCCUCUCCUCUGUGCCUAGCACAGAAAUGCAGCGGCAGGAGAGAUGAAGCUGACCCUCUUCCCCAGUAGGCUGAAAAAAAAUCAAGGCUGAACGGUAAAGCGUGUAAAGUAGGUUGCCACAAGCAAAUGUUGUUCUCAUGUAGACAGCCUGUCUGUCCAGCCCUCCAAAGAUCUACCAGGUCCUGAAAGACAACAUUGUCCCAUGACAUCUGAAAGAGAUAUUUUCCAUCAAGAAAAGCAGCCCCUCUCCCCUCUCUAUCCCCACCCCCUUCCAGAAGACUUAACUUGGGUCCUAGGCUCAGUCUCCAGGUACAGCUGCAAAGGAGAAUCCUUCCAAGACUCUGAUGAGCUGCUUCCAAUCAAUGUAGACUACCACCCUUCAACUUGGGGGCCCCAACUGUUGUCACACUACAAUUCCCAUUAUCCCCAACCAGCUGGGCUGAUGGGAGUUGUAGUCCAACAGCAGCCAGAAACCAAAACUGAAAAUCUCUGCUGUAGACAAUAUUGAACUGGAUGGACCAGCGGUCUCACUCCAUAUGAGACUUCCUAUGUUCCUAAUAGGAUGCUACCGAGAAUUAUCUCCUCCCUUGUGUUGCCCCUACUCCAGAUCAUGAACCAAAGGGUUUCAUAUUCUUGCUUGUUACUCACCAACUCCUACCCUCUCACAAUUCCACCCCAGAAAAAGCCCCUUUCCAGCCUCCCUUUGUACAAAUAAUCAGAAGCUGGAAAGGCAAGUCAUCUUAAAGGGUGACCAAUAGUUUCUUUGGGUCUACUUGCAAGACUUGAGAUCGAAACCAAGAGUUAGCAAAAUUACACACCUUACAAGGGAGCCAAGGUCUUGCAAGAAGAGCUCAGCCUUGUCCCUUUUUCUUGGAUGUCAAAAAACCCAAAUUAGGUCUCAAGCAGCAUCCCCUAAUGCCAAUGAUGCUGUUUAGGAAGGGGGGCAGGGGAGGAAAAGAAGAGUGCCAUGCCCCCACAUAAGCAGAGUCAAGAAAGCACAAUAGGUUUUAAACUACUUUCUACUCAAAAAUGGUAGGACAUGUAAUCAUGCAAGGUAGAAAACAACUAAAGUGUUGAACAAAGUGACAAGCUUUCCCCAAUACAGAAGAUCAUACUUUUUUUUUAAUUCCAUUAUGCCAACAUCCCCUUUUUUCAAAAGUUUUAACACAUCAAACUCCUUUUGUGUGCAGAGUAUUAAAAAAAAUCCCCUUCCCCUCCGCACAGAAAACCUAGGGCUUGUGCUUUGAAAGGAAGGUGGCAUUGGCAGUGAUUUCUGCUUUGAUCGAUUGGAUUCAGGAGAUGCUCUAGUACGUGCCACCCUCACUGCAAUAUAGCUUCCCCUUGGAACUAUCUUUCCUGGAUGUCAACAAAAAGAGCAUCCAAGGCAAUCACAGGGCAGGGGCAUGCCACACAUUUCAUGCACAUGGCUUCCCCCAAAGAAUCCUGGGAACUGUUAGCUUGUU